AUGGAAAGAUUGGUGGGAUUUUAUUAUAAAAACACUGGGCAUAGCUCACAAGAACUUGAGGAAACAGUUAUUGGGAUGUUAGAGUCUUUGAAACUGGAUAUUAAGAACUGUAGAGGCCAGUCUUACUACAAUGCCAGUAAUAUGAGUGGCAAGUAUUCUGGUUUGCAAGCACAUAUUCAAAUUUACAAUGAUUUAGCUCUCUUCACGCCGUGUGCUGCUCACUCUUUAAAUAUGGUUGUCCAUAAUGCAGCAGAUUGUUGUUUGGAAGCAACAUCUUUUUUUAUGUAG